ACUGAAUAUCAAGAGUGCGUUGACUCAUGUGGAAACUAUACACGGUACACCGACGUUGAUGAAUAUGACGAUCUACUCACCAUUAGACAGCAAAUUGUGGCGAAUAUCACUUCAUGUGAAGAAAUCAAAGAUAUAACACAAGACUGUAAAAUCGACAUCGUUUUUAUUGUUGAUGACACAGACACUAUCAGCCCAGAAAAGUUCCAGGAAAUGAAAACUUUUCUACUGAGUCUUGUCUCCAAAAUGGUUAUUGGUGAUGAUGCAAUAAGACUUGGGGUCGUAACCUAUGCUGACGAUGGAGACAUCGUUUUUCCACUCAAUCAGUACACCACUUCGGCUGGAUUAAAAUCUGGGAUUAGCAAUCUGGUCCAAGGGAACACUGCCUAUAAUAGAACUCGCCGUCGUGUGGAAAAAGCCCUCUUAUACACAAUGUUCAACUUCUUCACCACAGCCAAUGGAGACCGUGCUGACGCCAAAAAUUUCUAUGUUGUUCUUACAUAUGGUGGUUCCUAUGGGAUGCAGGCUGCACAGUAUGGUGGAGCAUUGCAAUACAAUUCAAUGGUCGACAUAUUCAUUCUUGCUGCUGAUAUUCCCUCCAGCUUUGAUGCGGAUUUUCAGGGUGCAGUGUUGGAGGGAAGAUACAUGAAAUCCAGUAACUUCAUAGACCUUCAGUGUGACAAUGAGGUUGUCAUGUCCAACAUAACCCAGUGUCCGACAGAAAAUGCAACUGAAAUCGAAAUACCAAAUUGCAAACUGGAUAUAUUAUUCAUGCUGGAAGCAUCAAGUUCUUCUGCUGGCUCCAAUUUUGUUUACCUAAAAAGCUUUUUUGCUAACAUAGCCCGUCAACUUAAUGUAGCAUCAGACUCUAUCCGUAUUGGUGCCAUGACAUACGACUAUAAAGGAUACAAGCAGUUUGACCUUGAUACAUACACAACCGCUGAUGAAGUAAGCAAUGCUAUUAUGAGGAUACAAGAAGGUGUAAACCCAAUUAACCUCGUAGACAGAGCACUGGCCUAUGCACGGACUGUUUACUUCACGGAGGACAAUGGCGAUCGCGCUGACGCAGCAAAUUAUUACGUUUUCUCAGUGGACGGAAUUAGAGCUGGUGCAUCCCUACAAGGGGCAGUCAUAACAGCAGAUUGGCCCAACCAGAUAUAUUCUAUCGACAUUAACAGCAGUUUUUCAAAGGAAUAUAAGAAAACUGCUGAUGACAUUAACCGUUACUUCUUCGCCUCCUCCUAUGAAGAUUUACCUUCCAUUGAAGCUGCAGUUGUUGAGGCUCUAAGCAAGUGUCCAACUCCACGAGUAAUCACUACCACUGGGGUAUCUUUGAGAAACAAAGGAGUCACUGCUCCAUGUCUAAACAGCUUAAUUUAUCUUUAUCCCGAGGAUCUGACGGCAUACACUAGCGGAUCUAGAGGAAUGAUGUACCUGAUGACGGAUUUUGUAUUCAGAAUAACAUCUUGCUCACGUAUUACUUCAUGGGAGUUUUCCUAUUCGAGGUCUGGAUGGAUAGAUUUUAUGGUGUGGAGACCUUCUGGCAAUAACUAUAAGCUGGUAGCUUUCAACACACUUUAUGUUGAAGGUGUCAAUACGACUACCUACACAGUUGUUGAAUAUGAAAGGAUUGCUGUUCUAGACGGUGACUUAAUUGGGUGGCGCUCUCUGGCAGACAAUGAUGAUGGCAAUAUAAUCACAAACGGAAAUUGUAUAGGACCUUGUGCUGAGGGGUUAAAAGCGUACUCUGCCAAAAAUUUAAUCAGAGGGGACUUGUUCGAUUGGAAAACCAAGGGAACUGUAGUCAAUACCACUGCUUAUGCUAUUAAAGCUUGCCUUGAGGAAAAUACACCAAUGUCUUUUAACAAUCAAAAUCAGUCGGCUGAGAUCCCUGACCAUUUAGCAGUUGGUGACUUUGUGAUGGUGUUAGAGGCUGAAGGGGUAGACUACGCUGAGGAUGUUACCUUCACCGUAAUGGAGCACCCCAAUCCUGCAUUUAAUUACUCCCCUCAAUACUUUGUCGUGGACGGAAUAGGACAAGUAAAGAUCGCAAAAAAGAUGCAGAGAGCUACAGUUCUAAAGGACUACCUAGUGCGUGUAGCAGCAAGGGAUGCCUGUAAUACCAGUGCCACAGUGACAGUUUCCGUAGAAUCACAAAAUAUGCCUCCAGAAAUGUUGGAUCUUCCCAACUCCAUGGCUGUUGCUGAGCAGACUGGCGGAGAUCAAGUUUUAUACUCCACGAUUGUUGAGGAUCCCUCUGGAGACGAGGUUUGCUGCUUGCUAGAAAGUGUGUCUCCUCCUUCGCUGAACUUCAAUGUUACUGGGAACUCGACGGCAGGCGCUUUCCGCGGCGUCUUUUCCAUUCUAACCAGCGCAAAUCCCGCCUUUUCUUAUAAGGACGUAAACUCUUAUAUGGUGAAACUCUGCUGUGAUGACAGUGCUGAUAAAACUACAGGAAUAUUGCUUGUUAAUGUCAAAAAGCCGGUCAAGGGCUCCGGUUAUACACCUCCAG